UCUCCCUGAGCAAAAAGUGAAUCAAGUAUAGUAUACAUUGGGGUUGACGAAGAAGAAAUAAUGAGUGCGUAACUGCAUGGGUGUGAGUGCCGCUUCCAUACUGAACGAGCUUCUCCACAAGCAAAACCUAAAAGCAGAGGCAAAGAACGGAACCAAAGCAGCCAUCAAAACAAUCCUCACUUACCUCAAAGCGGGUCGCAUCCGAAAAGCCACUUCCAUUCUCUUCGCAUUCCCCGAACCCUUCCCAUACCCUCUCUACGCCCUCUUCUUCCGCCUCUGCUCCUCCCACCGCGCCCUCGUCCAGGCCCGCAAGGUCGAGUCCCACUUGCUCACCUUCUCCCCCAACCCCCCCACCUUCCUCCUCAACCGCGCCAUCGAAGCCUACGCCAAAUGCCGCUCUCUCCGCGACGCCCGCGAACUGUUCGACGAAAUGCCCCACCGAGAUGGCGGCACUUGCAACGCCCUCAUCACUGCUUAUUCCCAAUUGGGUUUCCCCCACCACGCUUUUUCCGUCUUCGUGUCCAUGAAUAGGUCUGGUGUUUCCCCCAACGAGGUCACUUUCGCCGGCGUUCUCGCCUCUUGUGCUUCUGCUUCCCAGCUUCUUCUCUCCAAGCAGGUUCAUGGGCUGCUCGCAAAAUUUGGUUUUUGCGGUAAUGUGAUACUCGGGAGUUCUCUCGUGGAUGUUUACGCCAAGUGUGGGGUCAUGCUUGAUGCCCGCAGGAUGUUUCAUGAGAUUCCGAAGCCCAAUGCUGUCACUUGGAAUGUCAUUGUGAGGAGGUAUCUUGAUGCUGGUGAUGCCAAAGAGGCGGUUUUUAUGUUCUCGCGGAUGUUUUCGGCUGCGGCCGUUAGGCCCAUGAACUUUACUUUUUCUAAUGCUCUUGUGGCUUGUUCUACUGUGUCUGCUCUCCCGGAGGGGAUGCAGAUUCAUGGGGUGGUUGUGAAGUUGGGUCUCCAGGAGGAUAAUGUGGUUUCGAGCUCGCUUGUGAACUUGUAUGUCAAGUGUGGUAGGGUGGAAGAUGGUUAUCGGGUUUUUGAUCAGCUUGGUUUUAGAGAUUUGGUGUGUUGGACUUCCAUUGUGUCGGGGUAUGCGAUGUGUGGGAAGACUUUCGAGGCGAGGAAGCUUUUUGAUGAGAUGCCUGAACGGAAUGUGAUCUCGUGGAAUGCCAUGUUGGCGGGAUAUACUCGGUGCUUUGAGUGGUCUGAGGCGUUGGAUUUUGUGUAUCUCAUGCUUGGUAUGAUUAAGGAUGUUGAUCAUGUCACUCUUGGUUUGAUGUUGAAUGUUUCGGCUGGUGUUUCGGAUCAUGAAAUGGGGAAACAGCUUCAUGGAUAUAUCUAUCGACAUGGCUUCCAUUUGGACGUUAGGCUCAGCAAUGCUGUUCUUGACAUGUAUGGUAAAUGUGGGAACUUGAACAGCGCCAGGGUUUGGUUUAACCAGAUGAGUAAUUGGCGUGACAAGGUUUCUUGGAAUGCUUUGUUGGCUAGCUAUGGUCAUCACCAAUUGAGUGAACAAGCAUUAUCAAUGUUUUCUGAGAUGCAGUGGGAGACAAAACCAACCAAGUAUACAUUUGGAACCCUUUUGUUAGCAAGUGCAAAUACCUUUGCUCUGUACCUUGGCAAACAAAUUCAUGGAUUCAUCAUUAGACAUGGAUUUCAGAUAGACACUAUAAUCAGAACUGCUUUGGUUUACAUGUACUGUAAAUGCCGUUGUCUUGAAUACGCUAUUGAGGUUUUGAAGGAGGCAGUUUCCAGGGAUGUGAUAAUUUGGAAUACCAUAAUUUUGGGAUGUUGUCACAAUCAUAGGGGUAAAGAAGCGCUUGAACUUUUUGCGACAAUGGAAGCAGAAGGCGUCAAGCCAGACCAUGUGACGUUUAAGGGAAUUUUGCUUGCUUGCGUUGAAGAAGGCCUUGUUGAGUUUGGCACCGAAUUCUUUAAGUCAAUGAGCAGUGAAUACCAUGUCCUGCCUCGGCUGGAACAUUAUGAUUGCAUGAUCGAACUCUACAGUCAGCAUGGAUGCAUGGAUGAGCUUGAGAAUUUUAUGAGGACAAUGACAAUUGAGCCCACACUUCCAAUGUUGAAAAGAGUUCUUGAUGCUUGUGAGAAAAAUGAGUGCCCAAGAUUAGCAGAAUGGAUUACAGAAAAAAUUAAUAAAUUUCAACAUUAAUUAUUUUCUACUUGCAGCAUGCUGUGUAUUGUAGCAGGGAGGGAAGCUGAUCUUUAUUUCAUCAUAAAGGCCACAAAUCAGAUGGAAAAUUUAUGCAAUGGAAUAUCACUAUGAUCAAGGUCCUGUCUGUAAUGAUGAUAUUCAGUUUUAAUACCUGGAUCUGGAUGUAAUGCCACAGGACGGCUCGAGAAGUCUAUUUUCCAAGUUGCAAGCAUAUGCAUUGGAGAAGUCUAUUUUUCAAGUUACAAGCAUAUUCAAACAGAAAAGAAAAACUACAUUUUUACCAGAAUAUUCCAAUUGAUACUGGAUUCAAGGGACGAUUAGCUUAGCAUACUUAGAAUUUAAAAUUCAUUAGAAGAAACCGUGUGAUAUUGAAGCAUUGAGGGGAAGUGUCGUAUUUUGAAACAACCCGAUUCUUGUUUGGAGAGUAAAUUGCAGAAGGAAGCUUUUUCUGCAGUUUGGGAUUUGAGCUCUGAUGAAAUUAUAACUGAUUUGAAAACUGCAAGUGUAGACCGUGAUGAAAUAAUUUGCUGGAAUAUGCAAAGUAUCGUGUAUCUUGAUUCUUGACUGUUGGCGUGCCCAAGUAUGAUUGCUACAUUAACCAAAACUACUCAAUGAAAGGAGGGCUAUAUUUAACUAUACCGACGGUGAGAUUCUUGGCAAAUUAUUAAAGCAGGGAGCUGGGAACUAAUUAAUUGUUUGAUAGGUUACUUCUGUUUAUUGUGAGCCUUGAGAAAUAAAUAUUGUACUCAACAAAUUCUCAUAUCUAUUUUUCCUUUCCAAGCCGCAAAGGCAUAGGUAGGGUUUUUUUCCCCCA